AUCCCAGCGUCCUUUACGGGCAGCUUUCUUUUUCCGGGAAACAAGAUGUCUAAGAGAGGACGCGGUGGUUCUUCUGGUGCGAAGUUUCGCAUCUCCCUUGGUCUACCUGUGGGAGCUGUCAUCAACUGUGCUGAUAACACUGGAGCAAAGAAUUUGUACAUCAUUUCUGUUAAAGGAAUCAAAGGCCGCCUGAACAGAUUGCCAGCUGCUGGUGUUGGUGACAUGGUGAUGGCCACUGUUAAAAAAGGAAAACCUGAACUUAGGAAAAAAGUGCAUCCUGCAGUGGUAAUAAGACAACGAAAAUCGUACCGAAGAAAAGAUGGGGUGUUCUUGUAUUUUGAAGACAAUGCAGGGGUGAUCGUGAAUAAUAAAGGGGAGAUGAAAGGUUCAGCUAUAACAGGUCCUGUGGCAAAGGAAUGUGCAGACCUGUGGCCCAGGAUCGCCUCCAAUGCUGGAAGCAUUGCCUAAACAUGCCAUCUGUUUAUCAAAUAAAAAUACUUGUAAC